AUGCCAUACUAAGUUCUCGGCUUUGCCACCCAGGAUGGAGACUUUCCUAUUCAUAUUGCGGCCAAAUGGGGUCAAGUUGAAGCAGUUCGUCUUCUUCUCGAGCAUGGUGGCGAUCUAUGCCAGAAGGAUGCAAUGGGUCGCACAGUGGUUCAUUGGGCAGCUGGUCAUAGCGCUUCAACACUCAAGGAUUUAUCCAACGAAGCAGCAUUCGCCAAAGCUGUAGCCGUGCAAGAUGAAAGUGGAUGCUCUCCGCUUGCUAUUGCUCUUCGAGAGGCCAAUUUCGAAUCAGCGAAAAUUCUCAUGGGAUCUGCCGCAACCACAAUCCCUGGCGGGGCUCCCCUGCUGACGGUUUUAUCAGGAUUGGAGUACAGUGAAGCUUUGGGAAAUUACCCAAAUAUCAACCUGAACAUUCAAGAUGCUGAUGGUCAAACUCCUCUUCAUCUUGCCGUUAGUAGAGAUAUCGGUUGCGUUGUUGCUCUUCUUUCUUAUGGUGCUGAUGUGAAUGCCAAAGACAAAAAUGGUCAUAAUGCACUGAUGAAAGCAGUACAGGCUGGCUACCUGGAUCUCGUAAAGUUGCUUCUACUUUUCGAUGCGGAUUUAAAAGCAGUAGAUGCGCAGGGUCAAUCUGUCUAUGAGAUAAAUAAAACUUCUAAGAGAAGAGCCGACAUAGAUAUUUUGCUUGCUGAUAUGAACCCUCCGGCUGCGUCGGCCUCUCCACCUCCAACAAAAAAAAAGAGACUUGGCGCUGAAUUUCUUUCGUCUUUUGACUGGUUAGCUGGCACUAGCACUGGUGCAAUCCUUGCAUUAGCUUUGAGUCAAGGAAAAAGUAUUCCGUUUUGUCGUUCUAUGUACUUCCGGCUAAAGGACGAGAUAUUCUGUGGCGACCGACCUUACAGCGCUCUCAUAUUGGAUUCGUUCCUUCGAUCUGAAUUUGGAGAAAACACUACCAUGGCAGAUCUAACAAAGAAGAAUGUGAUGGUCACUGCUUGCGUGGCAAACGUCUGUCCUCCUCAACUUCAGCUCCUGCGUAGUUACCAACUGGAAACUUCCGAGGAGGAGAAU